AUGUGGGACCCACAGCCGCUUCAGGUCGUCUCGGAGCAGCUACAUAUGCUCAGUAGCCUGGACGUCACAAACCGCGUCGAGCUGGGCGACAUGGAUCUGCUGCCAGUGCUGGAAAACUGUCCAAGACUUCGCGACCUGAAGAUCCGGGCAACCAAUGCGACCGACGCUACAAUCCACUCGAUCAUCAAAAACCUCUCACACUCACUAGUCAGCCUCAACGUUGGCGGCUGCCCCGUGAGCUCGGCAGCGAUGGCGGAACUGGUAACAAAAUGCACCAAGCUGCGCAUUCUGCAGAUGUGGAGCUGCCUCCGUCUGGACGACAGCUUUUUGCUAGCUCUCAAUCCGAACGUGCUGACUUGCAUGCAGGUCCUGGACAUGAUGGAUGUGCAAAAGUUCUCUGUCGAGGCUGUGCGCAAAACCUUUGGCGAGCAGGAUUGGCCGUAUCUGAAGUAUUUGCGUAUACGGGCAAAAUGCGUACAUGAAGACUUUGGGGGGAUCCCCAGGCGGGCGGUGCUCAAGCUCAACUGCACAACGAUCCUCGACUGA